AUGACCACUCAGCUCCCACCAUUCAUGCGAUGGCAUAUCCUGCCUCUCACCAUCGCAACCACGUUCACCUUUGGCGGCAUGCUCCCGUUCUAUAGCCCUGCAAGCGCCAUGGCCGACUUCGGCCUCCCGACUCGCUUCCAGGCGCAGCGCGACGUCGGGUCAGUCUUCAAGAUCUACGCGUCGCGUAUGACUUGGCUCGGCCUCUUACUCUACACGUUCUACCUGCGAGGUGACCUGCGCGCCAUCGACACCAUCUUCAGCUUCACCUGGGUUGCCGGGGUUGCGGACGGCUGGGUCUGCUGGAACGAGGGCUUGCGCGGCAAAGCCAUGUUCCGAUUCCUCUCGGCCGUCGUGCUUAGUGCGUACGGGUACUUCGGGAUGACUUCGUGGUGA